CGCAGUGACGUCACCACGCUGCGCCGUUGUCCGUGUUAGCCACCGGGGAGGCUAAGCUAUCAAAACCACUGGGAAGACUGUAUUGAAGUAUUUAUUUCUUCAAGAGGUCCGUCAGUCAAAAAUGACAUACAGGAGAGACAGGAGUAUACGAGAGGCAUAUGAGGAGCGCUUUGCAACAGAGAGACCGGGUCCGUAUCCCCGUCCUGCGGGAGGAGUGGAGAGGAGAGGCCCUUUUGGUCGGCCAGAUGACGAUUAUGGCCGUGGCGGGUAUGAAUAUGAAGGAGGUCCCCGUUUUUACCCAAAUGGAGGCGGCCCCCGCAGUUACCACGAGGAUCAGAGGGGCUACCACAGUGAGAACGUUCACUUCCCGGCUGAGCGGAGAGGCAUUCCUCCUUCCAGGAGGGAAGAGUAUCCUUACAGAGGGCCGAGGGAAGAGUCACACCAAGGGCGGCCGAUGGAGUUCGGGGCCCGGGCGCCACCACCUCAUAGCGUGCGGUCCCAGGGCAUCUAUCCUGCGCCCCGGUCGCUCCCAGAGAGCGGGGAAGAUACGCUGGUGCAGGCCAUCCUCAACCUCGACAGAGGGGAGGAAAGAGACCACUUCAGGCGAAAGGCCGCUCCCUUCCCUCCCAUCAGAGACCGCUCCCCCCACAGUCGCUCCGGCUCCAGCGUGAGCAGCAGAGGAUACUCGCCGGACAGAGCCAAGCCCCUGCCCUUUCCUGCACAGCAAGGCAAGAGUGUUGACGGUCCAGAGGGGCACGCAGUAGCUUCAGAGCACCUCUGGGGGGCGCUCUUCCCUCAGCAGAGUGGACCUGACACCAUGGACAAAAUUCCUGGCCUGUCUCGAGACGGCUCGCCACACAGCGCCGCUUCAAACAAGGAGGAAAAUCAGCCUCUAGAAGCAGAGAAAGAGGAGCCCUUAUCGGCCGUGGUGGUGGAAGAGAGCCAGAAGCCAAUAGAAAACCUCCAGGAGCAGCGAGCCCUGGCCAUCGCUGCCAAAGCCCAGGAAAUAGAAAAGGUGUACCGUCAGGACUGCGAGACGUUCGGCAUGGUGGUGAAAAUGCUGGUGGCGAAAGAUCCCAACUUGGAGAAGCAGCUGCAGGUCCCCCUCCGGGAGAACCUGGGCGAGAUCCGCGAGCGCUGCCUGGAGGACCUCAAGCACUUCAUCAGCGAGCUGGACGAGGUGGUCCGGCAGCCGGAGCCCUCCGCCUGCGACUCCACCACGUCCCUGACGGGCCAUAAACUUUCCAAGGCGGCGGCGGCGGCGGCGGCGGCGGUCAAUCACAGCUCGUCUUACUGACACAAGCGCCUCAUCGGGUUCCGGCAACGGAUUAACGGCUCAGCGUGAAGAGAGGAGGAGUUAUGUUUGAGAAUGAACAGUGUUAUUUUUGAACAGAUCCAUUUAUUACCUUCAAGUUCUCUGGGGGGAAAUUGCUCGUGUUUAAUAUUCCAAAAAAAAAAAAAAAAAAAACUUGUAUUCUGUUAAAUGCUGUCAAACAUGGUUUCUUUUUAUUUUAUUUAAGAAUAUA